AUGGUCUACGGGGUAUAUCCUCAUUGGAAAAAUAAAAUUACUGGAGAAUCGCUUCCAAAAACCAUCUUCUUCCAAAUGGAAGUCUUUACCAUUGAUGAGAUCAAAAAUAACAAUGUCAAGUUUUACCCAACAAAGAACACACUCGAUUACACUAAAAAUUCACUAGAGAAUUUUUUUGAAGGAUCGUUGAGACUUCAUUAUUUUGGACUUGACAAUGUCAAUAACACCGUUGACAAGCUUCUGCAAGACUUCAGAGAAGCUUUCACAAUGAUCGAUAACCAAUAUAUAUCAAUUGAGCAGUGCCUUCUGUUUAAUUAUCCUGUUGCCGUUCUUCAGAAGCUCGGUAAACGAAUGGAACAUGAAAAAAAAUUCGGAACUAUGGAUCUUUUCGAAGAGAACAACGACGAGUUCACAUACAGACUCAAACUCGCGAUGAAGCAGGCCGUUGAUGCGUUCCGAAAAGCUUCCGAAAAUCUCAAAGUCUUCAUUGAGAUGAUGUAG